CGUGACCAUAAACGCGUUCGAGAAAAUGAUGCCUUUGUUUCUCGAUCGUGAUUCUACAGUAAUAAGCACCUGAACUACUCGUUACAUGCUCAACUGCCUGCCAGCAUGUUCAAAUGUAGCCUGUGCCUCGACCAUGCAGAAGAGUUUGCGGCCCUUCCGUGUGGUCAUGUUUAUUGUUAUCCUUGCCUUGUAAUCCAGAUAGGACGCCAUAAGCAGUGUCCUCAAUGCCGCCACGCGUACGAUACGCAACAUAUUCUGAAGCUUUACGUUGAUAAACAAGACCUCCCAUUAAAGUCCUUCUUUCCCCCUACAUCGAGCGUGGAGAGCAUAUUCCCCAGGCUGAUGGAGCUGGUGGAAAAAGCGAACAAGAUCGACGUUGACAGCUCGACUAAUGAUAUAGAAGCCCUCACUAUUGGAUGUGAGCGUUUGAUGAUGCAGUUUCAAAUGGAGGGUGGAAGCGCUGCUGAGGAGUUCAUGAAGGAGCUGGAGCGGUGCUUGGCAUCGCUGAGAGGGAGGCUGAAAUAUGCCGCUCGUCUCGACUCUGCUAAGGAACAAAAUAUGAGGGGUGCAACUGCAAUUCGGGUGCAGGAAGAUCGUAUACGACGGUUGAUGGGCGAGAGAAAUGCGGCCUUUUCUGGACGCGAUGAGGCGUUGAGGAGUAUUAAGAUGUUAGAAGAAAGGGAACGGUUGUGGCGGGAGAAGUAUGACCGUCUCAAAGCGCGAUACACCAAACAUCAGACUUGGGAUGGUACGAAUCAGAACGUGCAGUUUGAGAGAGUACAAGAACUACAAGAAGAACUGAAAAAGCAUAAGGCGGAAACCGCCAAGUAUAAAAAAAAGUAUAUUGCAGCGAAACGAAAAAUAUUACAAACUGGAGAGGAGCCAUCCCACGACGCCCGGCCAGACGACGCAUCCAGCGACGACGAGCUAGAUAUCCUUCCACCUGAUGAUCCGACUGGCCCGUCAAGACUUGCCCAUGUGACAAUACGCCGGAAGGAUAAGGCUACAUCUCGGUUUGGAAGCGGCGACGUUGUCAUGGACUCUGACGACUCGAGUAGACAUGAUCCAUGUGAAGUGGAGGAGAGCCUGUAGCUCAUUAAUGCAUCAUGUAACUUUGUGUGUACUAUACAACACCUUGCUUCGAUCCUCGGGGUGUGGGAAUAUCAGGAGAAUCGCUGUCAAGUUCGG